AGUUUGGGUUUGCUUCUGUUCAGUUCUGGCGUUUACAGCUUCCAGGAUGAGCCAGCAGGAAUUUGUGGCAUCUGCUUGCAGUUCCAGGCGUGGUGCUUUUCCACAGCCAGGAGCAGCGAGCCCAGGACACUCCUCGAAGUGCAGCUGUGUUUUGGGAAGGGAGCAGAGAUCAGCCCGGGUUCUGCCACUUGGGAUGGGGUUUGGAGCUGCCACCAGGCUGGUUUUCCUCAGCUGCUGCCCAGCGUAGUCUGCAGAUACUUGUUGAAUCCUGAGGGCACCCACUGGGAGCUCUGCAGGGCCCUGCAGCUCCUCUGUGCCUGUGUGCAUUAGUGAGAGGUUGUAGCUCCAGGCCUUUGAAAUUCCAGGAACUUGAGCCAUGUUCCUCCUGGGAAAAGCAGGGAGGACCUCGUGGGCCAGCAUUAAUUUGUGUGAUACUAAGUUGGAUUUAGGGAGACUGGGGAAGGGAAGGAGAAACUAAAAAUAAUUACCAAUAAGCCAAAAUAAUAUUAAAUAAGUUUUAGUUAAAUUAAUUUAAAUAAACCAAAUAUUAUUAGAGGCAGGCUUUUGGCAUGCAGUCUUGAAUUGUCAUGUGGUAGUUAUUUGAAAGACUUCACUUGGUGGGAGGGUUUUCUUUAUUUUUUUUUUACUCAGCCUGUGCCCCUUUAGUCCUGGGCCUCCCCUGGCAUGGGGGUUUUUCUGAGGAGUGUUGUUCUUUCUUUUCACUUUCUUGUGAGACACUCGAGUUCUUCCAGUGCUCCAGAAGCAGCCAGCUGUGCCUUGGGAACGUGGAGCUUUGUAGCCUUAUUUGGGAAGCUGCUUCCCAGGCACAGCUCAGCACUCUGCUGUCACUGCUGUCCCUCCCCUGCUGAGCAGCACCGACCUCCUUCUAAGAAACUGCACUGCUGAUCGAUCCAUCAGUGAAUUGUGGAGCCCAGGAUUUGUAAGGAAGAGCCUUGAGUCUCCCCACAUUGAGACUACUGAGACAAGUAUGUUGCUUGUAACACCUACAAGAAGACAAGUAGAGGUAUUUGCCAUGUUCAGCUAAUCUGAUUCCUCCUCAGGUGGCUGCUGUGGCUCUGAUGAGAAGCAAUAUGUGUAUGGAGGCUGGGCCUGGGCUUGGUGGUGCAUUACUGACACCCAAAGGACAUUUUUUCUGGAACUGCCAGUGCUGCAAGCAAGAGAGACAGGAGCAAUUGUGUUGCUGUCAGCGGCAUCCCGCCAGAGUGUCUUUGGAGGUUUUGACCAUCCUCUGUCGCUGCGAGAAUGUUGAGACGUCGGAGGGGGUCCCCCUGUACGUAACAGGGGUUGCACAGGUGAAGAUAAUGACCGAGAAGGAGCUCCUGGCUGUGGCCUGUGAGCAGUUCUUGGGGAAGAACGUGCAGGAUGUGAAGAACGUGGUCCUGCAGACUCUGGAGGGACACCUGCGCUCCAUCCUAGGUACCCUGACAGUGGAGCAGAUCUACCAGGACAGGGACCAGUUUGCCAAGCUGGUGCGGGAGGUGGCAGCUCCUGACGUGGGUCGCAUGGGGAUUGAGAUCCUGAGUUUCACCAUCAAGGAUGUCUAUGAUAAAGUGGAUUACCUGAGCUCCCUGGGGAAGACUCAGAUUGCAGCUGUCCAAAGGGAUGCAGACAUUGGAGUGGCAGAAGCUGAGCGGGAUGCUGGCAUUCGGGAGGCAGAGUGCAAGAAAGAAAUGCUGGAUGUCAAGUUCAUGGCAGAUACCAAAAUAGCAGAUUCCAAACGGGCUUUUGAGUUACAGAAAGCUGCCUUCACUGAGGAGGUCAACAUUAAGACUGCUGAGGCCCAGCUGGCCUACGAGCUCCAGAGCGCCCGGGAGCAGCAGAAGAUCCGUCAGGAGGAGAUCGAGAUCGAGGUGGUGGAGCGCAAGAAGCAGAUCGAGGUGGAGGAGAAGGAGGUGGUGAGGAUGGAGAAGGAGCUGACGGCCACCGUGAAGCAGCCGGCCGAGGCCGAGGCCUAUCGCAUCCAGCAGAUCGCCGAGGGCGAGAAGGUGAAGCAAAUCCUCCUGGCUCAGGCGGAGGCAGAGAAGAUCCGCAAGAUCGGAGAGGCCGAGGCUUUUGUGAUCGAGGCUGUUGGGAUGGCGGAGGCUGAGGGGCUGAAGCUGAAAGCAGAAGCGCUCCAGAAAUAUGGAGAAGCUGCCCAGCUGGCUCUAGUGCUGGAUGCACUGCCUGAGAUCGCUGCCAAAGUGUCUGCUCCCCUCUCCAAAGUGGAUGAGAUCGUUAUUCUCAGUGGAGAGAAAGGUAGCACCAUGUCUGAUGUGAACCGUCUCCUGGCUGAGAUCCCCAACUCCGUGCGUGCCAUCACUGGUGUGGAUCUCACAAAGCUUCCUCUGUUCCAGAAAGCCACUGAGGCCAAGGAAUGAGGUUGGCCAACCCAAAGCUAGUGAAGAUCACUCCCUGUUAUGCACUCAGACAUCAACUGCCUUCAACACAUGGGAAUUCCUUUUAUAUCAAAGACAAUCCGAGUUUUGUUUGUAACUGGUGCCUUAUUUUGUAGGGCCAGAAAAAUGCAUGUCCUGUCUGCUGCUCUUUUUAUUCCAAAGCUAAAAGGAUUUAUUUUCUAAUUAACUUUGUGUUGUCUCAGGCCAAUCCCAUCCCCAGUUAUGACUGGCAGCUUGUCUGGUGUUGCAGUCCCCUGUGCCUUGCUGUUCUCUGCCCUGGGGUGAACACCUGGGACUUGGAGCAGAGGUUUGGGAUGGGGAGUUUUAGGAAGAGAACCAGGACCCCCCUCUCCUGGGCUCCUUGUCCUCUCUCAGUGACCCUCCUGGGCCCUGUCCCAGCCCUGCCUCUGCCCACAGCUGUCCCUGUGGUUGGCUCUCCCUGUCCCUGUGUCUCACCCCCAGGGCCCCUGCAGUGCCAGCAGCUCUGCCCAGGCUGGGUGGGUGGCAGUCAGCCCCCCAAGGAAGGUGACAAUCCAGCACUAGCAGUGGGUGCUGCCCUCUCCCAUGCCUGGGGAAUUUUCCUGACAGGAUGUGAAGCAGGGAGAGCUCCAGGGGACAGAGGGAGCCCAGCUCAGCCCUGGUGAGAUCUCACCGCCACGAAUACCAAAAAGUAGUGCUGUGCCAAAGCCACCCAUCCCCUGAGAGGGCAGUGAAGCCACUGUGGCUGCCGUCCUCAGGUGCUGUGACCUUCCCAACCCCACAGCUGCUCAAGCAGAGUUGUGGUCAGAGGUGGGUGGGAGACCAGCAGGACACUGAGGUGGGGACAGGCUCCUCCAGCACAGCCUGUACAGCUGCCCCUGCCUCCCUCCCUCCCCCUGCCUCUUAUGGCCAGUGGUUUUGCUGCCUUGUGACAAUGUGAAGGAGAUUGUCCCCCCUGUGUGCCUGUCCUCCCCACAGUGCCACCAGAGCCCUGUGCUGGCCCGUGCCCUUCCCAGCCUGUCCCAAUGCCCAUGCUCAGUGUGGCUGGCACCGUUCAGUGUGUGCAGUCAGCCUGGCACUGCUGGCAGCGGGGGCUCUGGGGGUCCUGCACCCCCAGCUUGGUGCCCCUCCCCGUGCCACAGGGCGGCUGCAGGUCCCUCCCGGAGGUGUCCUUUGCCAGGAGUGACCCACGGCGGGUGCUGCGGGGCCCCCCGUGCCCUCCGUGCCUCCGGGCGAGGGAGCGGCGUUAUCAGCCCCCGGCCUGCGCUGGCCCGCGGGCAGCGGGCGGGAUCUGGCGCUGGCCGGGCAGGCGUGCCGCGCCGGGCCGGGCUCUAUCUGCAUGUGCCGCCACCCCGCUGCCAUGAGAUAAUAAACCCUUGAAUAAACCCUUGUCACCUCC